CGCGCAAACUUGGGCUCGCGCUUCCUGGCCCGGCGCGGAGCCCGGGGCGCCCGGAGCCCCGCCAUGUCGCGAUCUAACCGGCAGAAGGAGUACAAAUGCGGGGACCUGGUGUUCGCCAAGAUGAAGGGCUAUCCACACUGGCCGGCCCGGAUUGAUGAGAUGCCUGAGGCUGCGGUGAAAUCAACAGCCAACAAAUACCAAGUCUUUUUUUUUGGGACCCAUGAGACGGCAUUCCUGGGCCCCAAAGACCUCUUCCCUUACGAGGAGUCCAAGGAGAAGUUUGGCAAGCCCAACAAGAGGAAAGGGUUCAGCGAGGGGCUGUGGGAGAUCGAGAACAACCCUACUGUCAAGGCUUCAGGCUACCAGCCCUCCCCCCUCCUGCACAGAGCCCUGCCUGCCCGGCCAGUGGGUUUACCCCGGGGCUAAUCCAACAGAGUCCUCCCAGAAAAAGAGCCGUGUGGAAGAGCCUGAUCCAGAGCCAGAGGCCACCGAGGGUGAUGGUGAUAAGAAGGGCAAUGCGGAGGGUAGCAGUGAUGAGGAAGGGAAGCUGGUCAUUGAUGAGCCAACCAAGGAGAAGAAUGAGAAGGGAGCGCUGAAGAGGAGAGCCGGGGACCUGCUGGAGGACUCCCCUAAACGUCUCAAGGAGACAGAAGACCCUGAAGGUGAGGAGAAGGAAGCAGCCACCUUAGAGGGAGAGAGGCCCCUUCCAGUGGAGGUAGAGAAGAACAGCACCCCGUCUGAACCGAGCUCUGGCCGGGGACCUCCUCCAGGGGAAGAGGCAGAGGAGGAAGAGGCCACCAAGAAAGAUGCUGAGGCCCAGGGCAUCAGAGAUCAUGAGAGCCUGUAGCCACCAAUGUUUCAAGAGGAGCCCCUACCCCGUUCCUGCUGCUGUCUGGGUGCUACUGGGGAAACUGGCCAUGGCCUGCAAACUGAGAACCCUUUUCCCAUCCAUCCCGCUCUCCUCCUCUGUUCACUCUCCCCACUUUUAAAUCCAGCCCCCUGGAGAUUGAUCUGGGCCUCACUUCCAGGUCCCUACACCCUUGUGUGAUAUGAGUCAGGGCAAGUCUUCUGCUUUGGGGGAUGAGAUGAGGCCAUUGUGUCCCUUCCUGCUUGAAGCUGUUUUCCAGAGCUUCUCUCUGACACUCCCCCUCCUGCACCAGUCAUUCUGGACCCCUGGGUUGUGAUUGGGUAGGAGUGGGAAGGAUGGAGUGCAAACAGUAGAGUGGUUUUCUGGGUUUGAGAGGGGCAGUUCUCAAAUUGUAGAAGGAGGACAGAAGGGUAGCAUCUCUUGAGCACCUGUCUCUUACUUCCACAUCUGUUUCCCAGUUGACUAGAUUCAUGGAAAGUAGGACAGCUUGUGGAGGAGGGGGCUCCCUUCCAUAUAUACUUGGUGAUUGGUAACACCCAUUCUUUUCCUUACCUUGGGAAAUGCUGUUUAUCAUCAAAAGACUUCGGGGCUUUCAAGUUGUUUGGGCCAAGGACCUGAGAUCUGAGAGUUGACAUCACCCAUCUGGGUGAGAGUGUUAAGCCUCUGUCUCUGGGGCCAAAGAUGGCAUCACCUAGGGAGACCUGACCUCUAGCUGCCCUAGUCCUUCUUCCCACAGUGUUCAAGGCCAGCCUAAAAGUCAUAUAUACAUAUAUAUAUAUAUAUAUAUACACACACACACAUAUAUACAUACAUAUA